UCUGACGGUCGUUGUAGUCAAAAGUCAGAACUUUUAAGUUUUAACUCCUGCUGCUACUACUACUAGGGUCAGAACUCAAACAGAAAAAGCCUUUACCCUUCCCUAGGAGUUGUUUUCAAGAUUCCAUGCCCUUAACUUACUUCAUUCCAAUUUCCAUCCCUUGUCAAAAGGUAAAAAGGACAUUUCCCGCCAAAAAGGAGUCCUUCCCCUCUCUCCCUCUUUAUUACCGUGCCUUUGCCCCUCACACCACCAACAAUAAAGCCAAGCUCCUCAAAUUAAGGCCAUACCAUAUCAUACUCCAUAGACCAUCAUAGUGUUCCAAAGAUCAUAAUUAUUAUGAAGGCCACAUCAAAGAUGAUCAUGGGAGCAACCUUGGUAACGGUUCUAAGCCUUGCCAUUGUUCUCGCCCUCAUCCUUGUCCUCCUUGCUGAACUCUACUGCUCCCUCUUGCUCCGCCGCCGCCACCCGAGGACCAACACCACCACCACCACCACCACCACACCCGCCGCUUCUUAUCCAACCUUGAAGAAUAACAACAACAAUGUUUAUGCACAAGGCGUAUUCCAGCCUCCUAGAAGCUUCCUUUUUCCUUCCCUUGUUUGCAUGGCAGAAGAACCAAAUCCAAAUGCAAAUGAAAGUACCCCUCAUAGCAUCGGACUUGUCUCUGUUCCUUCCCCACUUGCUUCCUUCAUUAACAGAGCUCCACCUACUCCAAAGAAACUUCAACAAGAAGUAGAACAACACCCUCCUCCUCCUCCUCCUCAUCAUCACGAGUGCAGUAAUGUUAAUGGGGACCCAGAGCAGCACCUUAUGUACAUAUCCAACCCCAUUUACGAGAACCAAGAAGAAAAAGAAGAGGGCAAAGUGAUGAUGACAACGCCGUUUGAAACACCAGAAACUUCCCCUUCUCAAUUAGAUGAUUAUGAUGAUGAUGAUGUCGAUUUGAGUCCAAUGAAGAAGCUCCCUGAAGAGGCUUCUUCGCUUAGGGUUACCUUCUCGGCAAGUGACCAGUCACAUAGCAACAAUAAUUGUCUCUCCUCCUCUUCUGCUUCCCCUUCUACUUCUCCUUCAUGGUGAUUCUCCCCUUUUUGUUUCUACCUACUUCUAUGAAUUCUAGGUUUACUUUUUGGAUUUGUUUUGGCAUAUACACUUGUACCAACAUGACAAAUCAUAUUCGGAUAAUUUUUUUAAUAUU